AUGGCAGACGACAUACUCCAGUGCGUUCACCAACAAUUUAAAUACGUCCUCAUAAGUAGCGACAUCAAUGACCAAAUCAAAGAGCUAACCUUCAGUGGAACCGAAAGGAAAUUCCAAGGCGUCCUGGCGUCCCAUUUUAGGAGAAUCAUUUUUGACGAAAAAGGAAAAAAUGAGCUCAAGGAAUCUAUCAAGGAAAAACUUAAAGUGGGUAAGGAAAAUGAAGAUGGAAAAAAUGGAACAGAACAAAAUGAAGGACAAUUAAACACCAGCGCUAUAACACCAGACCUCAUCAACAACGCAGUAGAAUCAUCACAGACGUAUCAAAUAAUACCCUUGACAAUUCCAAACGAAAAAACAAAUUUCUUUGCUGUGAAUUGCUACAUUGAUGAUAUUGGACGUAUAAAAAAAUUACCCUACAAUAGUAGAGCCUCAAGAAUAUGCAGCACAGAAAUUUUUGGAGAUGCCUUCCUCUCAAAGACGUAUGAUAAUGAGGACUUCCGGAGGUGCGAUUUUACCAUUUCGGAAUAUGAGCAGUUUUUGCAAAAUCCCCCCAAGGCAGAAAAUAGGUGGGACCAAGCCCAAGCUAUGCAAGACCUGUUGAAACAAAUGCAAAACCAAAAGGAGGAAAGCACCGCCAUCAGGCCUCCGACUCAGAGGCCGAAUGUGUGCGAACAUUGCUAUACGAAAAUGCUUUUCGUGGAUCUACUCAACGGAGUGAAUAUAAAUUACAAAAGGAGGGUACCAAUAUGUAAAAGACCAACGAAAAACGCAGAAUAUUUCUCCAAUCAGCCCCUGCAUGCGAAUCGAAACGCACAACAAAUCUCUUCAAAAGGUGAUGAGGUACCCAUCACAACCCAUAACGACGAAAGGGAUGAACACAUUUUGCAACAAUACAUUUAUACCCUAUCCCACUUGACCAUCUUCGAUGUGGAUAGGGAUAAAAGUACGCCCCUAAAUAUUGCCCUACUUUUAAAGGCCUGCUUAGCAUCCCACAAUUAUAUAAAAAAUGUGGAAAUCUUCACCUCAGAUGUUAAGAACAAAGAAAUCUGUUCAUUCAUUUACGAAAGCAGAAACGACUUUCACACCUUCUUCAAGAUGCAUGUAAUGAAGUACAUAGACUUUUUUGAAAACCCCCAAAUGAUGGAAACGCUGAAAUCGUAUAAUGAUAAUGAACAGGUGUAUCAACGCGAAUUGGAAAUAUUUAACCAAAUCGAUAAAGACACCAAAGUGAGGAAAGAUAUACUGGAAGACAUACUAUUUGAAUGCACACGGCUGAACAAAAUCAUUCAAUACUCCCUUGCAAUUAACAACUUUAAUUUAUUUUCCCCAAUUGUAAUGCUCAAACUAUUUACGUACUUUAAAAAUUAUGGCAUAUAUUACCACAUAUUUGUGAAUAACAUUAAGAGGAUUAAAUAUUAUUACGAAACGAAGGAGCUACGGAGCGAAGACAAAAGGAAGAUAGAAAAAAUUGUCGACCAUUAUUUGCUCACAUUGGAUCGGUUCAACGAUAUGUAUGAGGCUGGCCAUGCAAUGUCAUGA